AUGACUUGUUUUCUACGCUUGACGCUCCUCUUUUCUUGUGCCGUGGCUGUGUUGGCAUCGACUCAGCUGCGAACGGAACGGAUGCUACGCAACAGGGGACGCUACAGCGACUGUAACAAUUGCGAUUGUGGGUGUGGUAACGGCGAACGUAGCGGUAGUAGCGGUGGUGGCGUUGAUACCGGUAGUAGCGGUGGCAGCACCCGUGGUCGAGCCCUACAUGCAGCGCAAGACGAAGACCUCAAGAAGGAAGCCGAAGAAAUCGAGGCCGAGGCUCAAAUGGUUGUGAAGGAAGCCAAGCACAAGCUGCGACUGGCCCUUCACGAGAACAUGAAGAUCCCUCUCACUAAGGUUCGAUCCAUUGCUGGGCUCGACCGAGACGACUACAAGGGUUCAGCCGAGACCCCGUUGAUGCGCAUGAUUGAGGAGACUACCUACACGGACCAGAAAUCGGAUAUGCCUCAUGGUCGAAAUGCUCGCACAGUUAGUAGCUUGAUGUGCAAGCAGGAUGAUCGGAUUUACAAUGCUAAGGGUCUUUCUGACAUGGUGUGGGCGUGGGGACAAUUUCUAGAUCACGACAUUGACCUGACUGAUAGCGCCGGGUCCUUUGGCAUGGCCAACAUUGAAAUUUACAAUGAGUACAAUGACGACGUUCUCGCGCACAAUGGAUGCAGUGUCAUUCCCUUCCAUCGAAGCCAAUACGUUGAAGAGCCUCGCCAGCAAGUCAACUUGAUUACGCAUUUCGUGGAUGGAUCAAACGUCUAUGGAUCCGAUGAGUAUCGGGCAAGGGCUCUUCGGGCGGAACAUGAUGGUCUGCUGAAGACUAGCAAUGACGGUUGGUCUCUUCCGUACAACACAGAGGCUCUGACGAAUGCUGGUGGGACAGGAUCGCAUCUGUAUCUUGCAGGCGAUAUCAGAGCCAAUGAACAUGCUGGGCUAACUUCAAUGCAUACCCUCUUUGUGAGGGAGCAUAAUCGUCUCGCACGGAAGAUCAAGUAUUACUUCAAGGAUGCCUCUAGUGACGACAUCUACGAACUGGCUCGCAAGAUUGUAGGGGCUGAGAUGCAGAAGAUUACAUACUACGAAUUCCUUCCCGCCCUACUGGGACCUUACGCUCCAAACAUGCAACGAUACAGGGGCUACAAGCGGAAGGUUGACCCUCGCAUAUGGAACGAAUUCUCGACUGUGAUCUAUCGUUUUGGCCAUUCCAUGGUCACGGGCGACCUGAAGCUUGCCAAGGACGGACGAAUCUUUGAUUCUGUUGAUCUCCGGGACAUCUUUUUUAACCCGGGCUUCCUCAAUAAAGACGAUACAAGUUAUCUGAAUGCGGACUACUUGAUUGGUGGCUUCAUGUCAAAUCAAGCCCAGGAGCUUGAUGUCAAUGUGGUACGAGACCUUCAAGACUUUCUCUUUUCCUCCACAAAUUCAAACAGCAGUUGUUUGGAUCUCGCCUCUAUGAACAUUCAGCGCGCUCGUGAUCAUGGGUUGCAACCGUACAACAUUUACUCCGGAUCGAGCAGAGGUCGAUCGUCAAUCAUGCAAUCAUGUCAUUGGUUUCUCGGAAAGGCGCCAUUUUCAAGGAGCCAAAGUUCGCUUACGUCCUCAGCCCACGUGCCCUUCCGCCAGGCGCGUGGAUCCAUGGAUGAGGCAACCCUCAAAAAAUGCAGCUUUCCACGGCGAAAGUGUGGACACACAUGA